GUUCCCCAUUGUGAUUAUGAACAAGUUUGUGUAGGGCGUGCGAAGCGUUUGUUAGCCGAAUCAUGGGUUGCUUAGUCGCUCGUCCCUACAUCUCGCCCAACGAACUGGCAGGACGCGACGAGUUGAAGAAGCAGCAACUGAUCAGCGACAGGAUCGACUGCGAGAUAAAAAAGGAAGCGAAAAACUUCAAGGCAACUCACCGACUGCUCUUGCUCGGCGCUGGCGAGUCGGGCAAGAGCACGAUCGUGAAGCAGAUGCGCAUUCUCCACGUGAACGGCUUCAGCGAGGCGGAGAGACGCAAGACGGUCGGCGACAUCCACAACAACGUCAAGGACGCGAUUGCGACGCUCGUGAGAGCCGCCAGAGCGUCAAACCCAGUCAUACGAUUCAGUGAGGAGAAUGAAAGACGUGCCGACGCCGUCCUCGAGGCUGAGCAUGCUCAUGAGCCGCUCUCGCCGGCCUUCUUCGAGUCCGUGCGCGCCCUUUGGAAGGAGCCGCACAUUCAGGAACUCAACGAGCGCAGCAACGAGUUUCAACUCAUCGACUCCGCGCAGUACUUUCUCGACCGUCUCGACGUCAUCAGCCGCCCUGACUACGUUCCCGACACGAGCGACAUUCUAAGAUGUCGGGUCUUGACGCGCGGCAUCUCCGAGACACAGUUCACGUACAAAGCGGUGAGAUUUCACAUUUUCGACGUAGGCGGGCAGCGAGACGAACGACGCAAGUGGAUCCAGUGUUUCAACGAGGUGACAGCAAUCAUAUUUGUCGUCGCCUGCAGUUCGUACGACAUGUACCUGAGGGAGGACGAGUCGAAGAACCGACUCGAGGAGGCGGUGAAUCUAUUCGAGAGUAUUUGGAACAACAGGUGGUUGAAAAAAAUUAGCGUCAUACUAUUCCUGAACAAGCAGGACUUGCUCAGAAGAAAGAUAAUGCUCGGGAAGUCAAGAAUCGAUACAUACUUCCCGGAGUACGCGAACUACCGCAUCGUACCAAGCAUUUUGAAGCAACACGAAGGUGAGACGCCAGAAGUUGUGCGCAGCAAGUGGUUCAUACGCGACAAGUUUACCGCAAUCGUUCAAGCGACCGGAACCGAGAGACACGAGCUCUAUCCGCACUUUACGACCGCCGUCGACACGGAGAACAUCCGAACUGUGUUCAACGAUUGCCAGGAGAUAAUCCAGCGCGAAUACCUUCGACUGGUGAAUCUAAAUUAGUUCGUUUCCCGCGUCUUGUGUUUAGGGAUGUAUUCACACGUGUAACAAUGACUGGCCACAUGACUGAGACGAUAAUGUUUCGUUUUCGGUUUUGUGUCAGUGUGUACAGCCGGAGUUUAGGCAGUAGACCUUGCCGCCGCUAUGAAAAUAGUGAACGAGUUAGUCAGUGUAGAUAGCUGUUCUUUUCUACUCUAAUGCCGUUAUUUAUUAAUUAAUAGUGCACAUUUGGGCAUCACUCGA